AUGGUCACAUUGAGAGGGGAACAAAUGGGAAAUUCGCCCUCCAGUUCUAUUCCUUUGGAUGAGACGGCGAAGAAGAAUCUGACGCCCAAAAUUCCAAUGUCUUUCUUGGUUGCCAAACCGGCGAAAUCCUUCUUCCUUAAUUGGAAGAGCAAGAACAAGUCUCUCCAUUUUUUUGGGGGAGCAGAGCAGUCAAAGAAUGAAACAGAUCAAAUGAUUGUUCUAGAAUGGCUAUUUCUCACAAUUGCUCCUUAUGAUGCAGCGGAACCAUGGCAAUUAGGAUCUCAAGACGCAGCAACACCUAUGAUGCAAGGAAUAAUAGAGUUACAUCACAAUAUCUUUUUCUUGCUCAUUCUUAUUUUGGUUUUCGUCUCACGGAUCUUGGUUCGCGCUUUAUGGCAUUUCCAAAAAGAAAAAAAUCCAAUCCCGCAAAGAAUUGUUCAUGGAACUACUAUCGAGAUUCUUCGGACCAUAUUUCCUAGUAUCAUCCCGAUGUUCAUUGCUAUACCAUCAUUUGCUCUCUUAUACUCAAUGGACGAGGUAGUAGUAAAUCCAACCAUUACUAUCAAAGCUAUUGGACAUCAAUGGUAUCAGAGUACGCCUCUUCAUGAGGGUGAUUUAAGUGCAACGAAAUGCCUUAAGAAUAUUGUUCGCAAAGCAUCUGGCUUACCGGUAAUGUCCCAUUCCCGCCGUCGAGAGACUUAAAUAACUAUAGCAUGCCAGAAACGGGGAGUUGAGAUGGUUAGACCUAGACCCCGAAAUGCUCCCAGCAUAGAAGCCUGUGGUUCCAUCUUGUUGUUGCUGGAGGUACACAUCCGUCUUCUCGGUGUGGCGCGAUAUACGAGAAAUAGAUGCUCAGCCUGAAAUGUCCGAUAACGGCGCUGAAGUAGUGAAUCUAUCGGCACCAUAGAUGUGGCAUACAACUUUGGACCUAACGGCUGACCCAGUAACCUUUCGGAAUGGGGAAUCCCCGUUGGCAACAACCACGGUAGUAGUUGCAGAACUACUGGGCCGGGAGAGGACAACCUCUUGUUCCGGCUCCUCUUUCUUCGCUUCGGGGACGGAGGUCCUAAAGUAGGUAACAGCAGGUACAAGCAACUUGACCGAAGGGGACCGACGCUUCUACUCUUCCACCGAGGAGCCGUUCGCAGCGAGAAGCAAGGGAUGUCGUGAACGGUGGGAGGUCACAGAGAAUUUACCUAUUCAUAGAGUGAUCCUAUGAUCGAUAUAGGAUAUAGACUAUCUCUUUCUUUAUUCGAUUCUUUUUCUGAAAAAAAAGAAGGGUGACUCAACUUCUCAGCUAGAGUUGGUGGUGGGACUUGUUGGCAUAAUGCAAGCUGGAACAUAGGAAUUCGAGGUAUCAUGAACUACUACUAAAAACCAACUUUUUUUUUCUUUUUGGACAAACGAUAUCAGGUCAGGUCUAUGGAUGGAUCCAGAUCUACGGGCCAGCCGGCCCCGGCCGAUGAGCAUAGGGAAUCUAUACUCGAGCGUUCAAUUGGGCCCCUGACAGGAUAGGUGAAGAAUCUUGAUAUUUUUUAUUGGGGCCUACAACUUCUCUAAGCCAACUAGCAUCCCUUUCCACUGCGCAUUUCUCGAACAAAGAAGACGACUAUAGGAUCGAAUUCGCUUUCCAUGGUGAACUGGUCGUCCCAUACCUUCUGCCUGUCUCAUAUGUGUUGAACCAUGUCUUUCUCGGUUCCAG